UUUGGCUUUAUCUGCAUUAAUAUUUGCAAAAUUCACAUGAAUAAUUCUCUUUAUAACUAUAGUAAUAUUUAACACAACUCUGUGAAAGUAGGUGCUAUAUACCUCAUUAUAUUAUAUAUUGUCUUACUACUACCAAGUCCCCCCUGCCCAUCUUGGCUUAGUAAUCACAUGGCAUGAUGCAAUGAGAAUCAUCAACUUUAAAAUUUUCUAUCCAGAUAGAAGACUAUCAGACCUUCCAUCUGCCUGUUCCUACCCCUAGGAUUUUUGAGUUGUCUCCAUAUGCCCUGCAGCAGAACUUUCUUUUGUAUUCUCCUUCCAAUUAUUUCCAGAGAGCAGAGAGAUUGUCUUGCUUUUCCCAAUUGUGCCCCAAGGGCAUAACAGUUUCUGGCACUUAAUAAAUGUUUUUCCAAAUUCAUUCAUCUUACAAAUGAAUACACUGAGGCAGAAAAAAAUUAAGUGAUAAUACCCAGAGUCCCCAAGCUAGGAAGGAUUUGAGACACUGUCAAAUUCAGGUCUUCCUGACUGUAGAUCCAACAUUUUAGCUACCCUUUCUGUGACUUCUGUUAUCUUUUCCAAUAACUCUAUGAUGAAUUUCUUCUUGGGAGAAUCUUCUUUCUUCCUGUUUGAGUAUUUCCAUAGUGUCAAGGUCUUUUUUUCUAUUUAAAUUCCUUUUGAGGCAACAUCUUUCUUCCCUAAUGGUUUUCAUGAUUGUGUUCUCUUCAUCCCUAACAUUCAAUUCAUCUCUCUAACUAACCUAUAGGAUUAUGUACCUUUGGGCUUAAUAUUUCCAAUGAUUUAAUUCUUGCUUCUCUUACUCCUGACUGAUUUCCAAGUAGCAAGUUCUUUGAAUUAUUUCAACUCUUCAUUCCCAUUUCACUUUAGCAGUUCCCCAACUUGAGAAAGUAUUCCUUUCUUCUUACUUAAUUCAACAAGAAUAUCUAUGUGCCAGGGAUUGUGCUUGGGUUUUAAAAACAGAAAAAUCAUUGUCCUUAUUGUGCUUAAACUCUCUUGAAAGAUUUUACAGUGGUUUCUUGCUAAACAAGUCCAUACACUUUAGUCUCUCAAGGCUCACUAAUAAUCUGCUCUUAUAAAAAUCUUUAGUUAAAAACAAAACAAACCAUUUAAGUGUAGGCAAAUAAAUGGAGAUGAGUUGAUGAACAGAAUCACUGAGGAAUUUUUAAUUCUGAGAACAGUAGAAGCACAAUACUUUAAGCCAUAGAAUGUUUCCUAAAGGUGAGGCAUACAUUUGAUUGAGGUCCUAAGGAAUUUGCAGAUAGUGUGGCAGUAGGGAGAAUCUUACCUAGCAUGUCAGAAAAGACUUGAACAGAAUUUAUUAAAGAUCCUCUUAUUCUCAGUGAAGAAGUCUAUUUAUACAUAUAAUGCAUCCCAGAAUGAGUAGUGUUUUUCUGCAGCAGUAGGGAAAUGCUCACAGCAUCUAGGCAGAAUGCUAGGGAUGAUAUGACUGCAGCGCAGCUUGACUGGCAUUUCCAGCUUUGAAUCUCUCUGGAUCUUAGCUUCUAUAUCUGUAAAAUGAGAGGCUCUACUAGAUGACCAGAAGAUCUCUUCCAACUUUAAAUCUGUGGAACUGUAAAUCCCAAACUUCCCAGACUCUGAAGGAACAGUUACAAGCAGGAUGCUUUUCCCCACCUCUGCGCAAGAAUCUUCCCGGGGCCUCCCGGAUGCAAAUGACCUGUGCCUUGGCCUGCAGUCCCUCAGCUUGACAGGGUGGGACAGACCAUGGAGUACCCAGGACUCUGAUGCUGCAGCACAGAGCAGUCCACAAUCUGUAUUGAGCAUGCUCAAUAACCCACUGGGAAAUGUACUGGGAAAACCUCCUCUGGGCUUCUUGCCCCUGGACCCCACUAACACCGAGUUGGUGGAAAAGUUUCCAACACCAUCUAUGAGAGGAUCCCGCCUGGAUGCUCGUCCUGUCCUGGAUUCCCGUUCCAGCAGCCCUUCUGAUUCAGAUACGAGUGGUUUCAGCUCUGGAUCAGACCAUCUCUCGGAUUUAAUUUCCAGUCUUCGCAUCUCCCCUCCUCUGCCUUUCCUGCCCCUUGGGGCUGGUCCCAGAGACCCUUUAAAGAUGGGAGUUGGGUCAUGGCUGGACCAAGACCAGGCUGCUCUAGCUGCAGUAACUCCCUCUCCUACCAAUGCAUCAAAGAGAUGGCCUGGAGCAUCAGUGUGGCCUUCUUGGGACUUGUUAGAAGCUCCAGAGGAUCCUUUUAGUAUUGAGAGGGAGGCCAGACUCCAUAGACAAGCUGCAGCUGUGAAUGAAGCCACGUGCACCUGGAGUGGUCAGCUUCCUCCUCGAAAUUACAAGAACCCCAUCUAUUCCUGUAAGGUGUUUUUAGGAGGAGUUCCUUGGGACAUCACGGAAGCUGGAUUGAUAAACACCUUCCGUGUAUUUGGUUCUUUGAGUGUGGAAUGGCCUGGUAAGGAUGGCAAACACCCCCGGUGCCCUCCCAAAGGUAAUAUGCCUAAAGGGUAUGUGUACCUGGUAUUUGAGCUGGAGAAAUCUGUGCGGGCCCUGCUCCAAGCUUGUUCUCAAGAUCCACUAAGUCCAGAUGGCCUGAGCGAGUAUUACUUCAAGAUGUCCAGCCGCAGGAUGCGUUGUAAGGAGGUGCAGGUUAUUCCUUGGGUUUUGGCUGAUAGCAACUUUGUCCGAAGCCCAUCACAAAGACUGGAUCCCAGCAGAACAGUCUUUGUUGGGGCGCUGCAUGGGAUGCUCAAUGCGGAGGCACUGGCUGCAAUUGUAAAUGAUCUCUUUGGAGGAGUAGUGUAUGCUGGCAUUGACACGGAUAAGCACAAGUAUCCUAUUGGAUCCGGACGAGUGACUUUUAACAAUCAACGCAGUUAUCUGAAGGCAGUCAGUGCUGCUUUUGUGGAGAUCAAAACUACCAAGUUUACCAAGAAGGUUCAGAUUGACCCCUACCUAGAAGACUCUCUGUGUCACAUCUGUAGUGCUCAGCCAGGUCCAUUCUUCUGUCGAGAUCAGGUUUGCUUCAAGUACUUUUGCCGAAGCUGCUGGCACUGGCGACACAGCACAGAGGGCCUCCGUCACCAUCGCCCACUGAUGCGUAACCAGAAGAGUCGAGAGUCCAGCUAGAGGGGUGGUGGGUAUCCAACUACUCCUGGUGAAGCUGGUUUAACCUGAGUGAUGAGAGCCAGGAGUGUGGUUCCUAGCUGCAGGCCCAGGCUGGGAGUGCACUUCUGAAGGACAUGGGGAAAAUCUUACAUUCACCUUUGCACUUGCUGAUCUGUCUUUGUUUCUGCACUAAUGCACAGUGAGUUUUGUCGGGUUUUGUUUUCAGGGGGUGUUAUAAGGGGAAGGGCCCCCCCCAAGCACCCCCCCCAAGUGACUCUGCAGUUUUCCCAGACUUUAGUUCCUCAGUUUGCUGAUAACAAGCAAAAAAAGGACCACGUGUUGAGAAGGUGUUUAUGCAGAUACCUUCGUCUAGGUUUUUUAUUUAUUAAAAGCGCUUUUUUACAUUCCUCGCAAUACUGAUGGUAAUGACGCAGGUCUCAGUGGCUCCAUGUUUGCAGUUGCCAUACAGUGCCUUUCCAUUUAUUUAACCCCCACCUGAACGGCAUAAACUGAGUGUUCAGCUGGUGUUUUUUACUGUAACAACAAGGAGACUUUGCUCUUCAUUUAAACCAAAAUCAUAUUUCAUAUUUUACGCUCGAGGGUUUUUACCGGUUCCUUUUUACACUCCUUAAAACAGUUUUUAAGUAGUUUGAAACAAGAGAUUUUUUUCUUUCCUGGCAGCUUUUAACAUUAUUGCAAAUUUGUGUCUGGGGACUGCGGCUUAGGGUUUCUCACAGUUAUGGAGAGAGGCAUUUGCAACCAGGAAAAAAAACCAGAUUUUUCAAAUUUAAAACUGGACCGGAUAAAUGAUGGUGGAGCUGCUGUACAUAGUUUUAAACCGUUUGUUGCACUUUCUUAAGUUGCACUUAAGUGGGGGGUUGAUAGAGGUUUUUAAUCACAAAGUCACAGGACUUAAUUUUUUUCUUUUUUGUAACUGAGCUAAAAAGGGCUGCUUUUUGGCGGGGGCAGAUGAAGGUUCACAGGAGCCCUUUCACUUAGAGGGGACAAGUACCUUUUCCCUUUUUUUCUUUUUUCUUUAUUUUUGUUAAAAAAUGUAUGAAGCAACAAGGCAGUUGACUGAUGCUGCUGGGAUUUGAAAACUUGACUUUUUUUUUUUUUAAAGAAGAAAAUAGAACUUGCCCCUCUAUGGGAAGCUGUGUGCCAAAGAACCAGUGUCAUAACCCUCCUUUUUCCUCCUACCCCUCCCGCUGAGCCGAUGUUGCGUUAUUGCGUAUCCCAGCUGCUCUGUGUGGGUUUUUGUGAAUCUGUGUGUGAAGUCUCUACCUCAUUGUAGUGUAUGCAGGCAAGACUGCACUCUCCUGCAGAUGUGUGGAGUAAGCUGUGGUGUAGUUUUUUUGGCACAUAAUAAACACGUUGCAGCAGU